AUGAAUAACAAAUGGCCAUUGCUGCCAUCCAGUCUUCUACAUUUUCCUUCUAAAAUUUCACUAAACAGAAAACUCGGAUCGAGUGGCUGGUAUAAUAAUAAUAUCAGGGGCCCUCUUCUUAAGUCAACACUUCCCAAGAAUAUGACUAGAGUCUUUACUGUCCUCAAAUGUUUUCUGUUUUGGCUUGUGUGUAUGGAGCUUGUUAUAUCUGUAUUUGUAUUAAAAGAAAAAAGGGUUGUCUUAGCAAUAGUAAAUUGGUUAUCUAUGAUUAAAGAUAAACCGAGUGUGUACCUCAGAUAUAAAUGCCAUUGA